AUGCCCUGGCACGCCGGCGACCUAGACGCUACGCUUGCAGCGGGAGGCAUUGGCAUAGCCAGCACUGCUGGUCAGCCUGCUGCGUGGUGGACGACACCUGCAUGAACCCCUGGGGAAAUACCGGAGGGCUUCAUGAUGAUCCCAGAGCCAUUUAUAGCAGAUGCCAGUUGUUGCGUGUGCGUGACUCGCUGAGCCCCUUUGGCUUGGGCGAGCUGCGAGGGAUCGAGUAGACGAGUACUUUGCUGACCGCAAGACAGACACUAAGCCAAGCUCCUGUACCUAUCCAUUCGAUCCCUCCCAAAACCUCUCCUACAAGAUGUCGACCUCAGUUCCUCAAGUCCCGCCCCGUCCUACGCGGGCACAAAAAGAAACUCCUGCAGCAUCAGCUCCUCUGCGUACCGAGAUGCCUCUCAUUCCCCCUCGUCCAGCGGGCCGUCGUAUUGAACGCUCCAUCUCACCCUCUCGCGAGAGCUUUGCUCGAUCACCGUUAAAUGAAGCACCUUCGCAGGCUCAUAAAUCCAAGUCAUCUUUGGGUAGCAAUGGUCAUGGCGAAGGUCUCAAUACCGAGCAAUCACAGCGUCCUCCAAGUGUAGUGCUCCCUUCUCUUGGACAAGAAGGAAACGAAUAUGCCGAAGUCUUUGCUGUUCCUGAGAAACCUGAUGCAUCGAAUACACAAACUCGCAAUGUGGCCAAUGAUCUCCAGCUUCAUGCUCCUAAGCCCUCGUUACCAGCUUCAAGUGCCAAGCAAAGAGUCUCAACCGUUACCCGUACAGAUUCCAAUCAAGCUGCGUCUUUUGGCAUUGGAAAGGUUGCGGCAGAUGAUAAGGAUCCCGCGGGACACUCAUUGAAGGCAAAGUCAAGUAUUGUCAGCCAAAAUGAUUCCGAAACAAAUGGCACACAGCGUCCCCCAUCGAGUCUCGACAACGAACAGGGUAUUCCUGAAAUCGGUCAGCGAGUGCCCAUGUAUCCCAACGCUGGCGAUGUCCAGGCUCCAUCUCCAUCCCCAUUCCCCCAGCCACAUGCCCCCGGAAUUGGCUUUCACAACGAUGGGUCGAAACCUCGAAAUCACUCGCGCAAACUGAGUGGAAACCCCGAAGUUCCUCUUGAGGCAUACGGUAGACAUGGCCACCAGAUACUUCCCCAUCACCAUGAUCGUUUCGAGAAGGCAUAUUACGAGAAGCAUCCAGAACUUUUCAAGAAAGAGCUUGGCCAAUAUGGAGAGGGUAGGCCAGAGUGGGCCAUGAGUAGUGAGGAUUUGAACAGGAUUGUAAGGGAUACAGCCAGUAGGGGAACUGGACUUGGUAAGGAACAUACAUGGUUGUGCAAUUAUUUGCACAUAAACGCCGAGUAAUCUAAUAUAAUCUAGGAAACUCUCCAGCCUUCGUGGGUACACCAACUGAGCAAGUCGGAAUUCAAGCCACCGAAGAAUACGCAUCUCGCUCUCGCAUCUCAUCUCCCAAGAUCUCACCAACAGGACUGAAUGUUGCACAUUCAAACUCGUCUCAAACCCAUGUCGAUUCAUCCUUAGGGAAGGAAAUUCAUCCUGAUGAAUCCAGCCUGGGUAGGAGUCAACAUGCACCCUCUGAUCUGACUCUUGGGAGUGAAAACGAGAGCGAUGAUGUCAUUCACGUGGAUCUAGCACGCACUAGCAGUAGAGUCUACGGGCACAGCAACCUCGGUUCUGUAGAGGAUUUUGGACCUGCCUCAGGCAAUGGAUACGAGGAAGCCGAGCCUCACUACUCUGCUCCUAUCUUGGCUUCCGACGAGCUUGCAAAGGAUCCAUUUGGCUAUGAAACACAACCAGCAGUUUCACCAAUGCAUGAGCGUAAGCAGAUGUACCACGAGGAAGGUGGUUUCUAUCAGCACAAAUCAAGUAGUCAGACGAGCUUGACUAACAGUAGACCAACAAGCAUUCACGGCAAUGUUCCAGGUCUUCAUGUGCACUCGAGCUCAACCAAAUUGGAAGAUUUGGAGGAAUAUGAGCCACUCUUCCCCGAAGAUGAUAAAAACAAGGACAAACCAUUGACCGCAGCAGACAAAUUGAAGCGUCCUGAGCUGAAGAAUCGCAAGUUCCCCAGCCAAGACAUUUGGGAAGACACGCCACAUAGUUUACAAUACACUGCAAUAGUCUCAUCACCUCAAUUGCCAGAUGAGGAUGCUCCAGAAAAAGAAAAAACCAAGGAGGCUCCUACGGAUGAGACACCAGAAAGGGCUUUUGCAAGAAGACAAGAAGAAUUGGCCGAGAAAGAGUCGCAAGAUCGGGAGAGCUUUUUACAUAAGGAGAAAAAGCCAUGGGGAAACAGAUCACAUGUUAUCUCUGAGACCCGACCUGAAUUAAAACAACGCUUCCCAAGUCGUGAUAUUUGGGAAGAUACACCUGACAGUUUACAGCUACAAACUACCGUUGGUGGACCUCAAACAGAAAGUGAAGCCCCAAGCGUACCUGAGGAACGCCCCACAACGGGUGCUGUUGUAUACCACCAAGAAAAGGCUGCCGCGGGUCUUGAAUUGGGAAGCGAAGAAGGUCGUGCAACCACAGGGGUUGCCGCUCUCAUGAAGCCGUCAAUUCCUGCUCGUCCAAAGACCAAGUUGUCAGAGUCGUCUCCUGUCGAUAAACAACCACCUUCGAUUCCAGAACGACCACGAAAGUUUUCAGAUUCGAACCCCCCAGUUCCGACAAAGACAAAGCCCGUGAUUCCAGCUCGACCUUCCAGAUCAAGUACUCGCGAAUCGUCUGAACAUGCUCCAUUGACUAAAGUAACAUCAAAUUCUUCGACGAAAUCGAUUGGAUCGGAUCAGGGCGCCGUUGCAAAGUCCAAACCCCCAGUUCCAUCCAGACCUGUCGGUGGUAAGAUUGCUGCAUUAAAAGGUGGUUUCAUGUCUGAUUUAAAUAAACGUCUUCAACUGGGGCCACAGGCGCCUAAGAAAGAGGAGGUCGUGCCCGAAGAAGCAGUGGUCGAAAAGGAGAAAGUUCCAUUAGCCGAUGCCAGAAAGGGUAGAGCAAGAGGUCCGGCACGAAGAGCUCCAGCAAAGAGCCCGGCUCCUGCUACUGCAAUUGCUUCUGCUUCUGGCUCAGCUCAGCAAACUGCACCUGUUCUUGGGUUCUCGAUACCAUCGACGCUCUGGGAGAUUGAUCCUAAAGAGAAUACGUUGCAAGUGGGUACGGAGAAAGAGCAUGUAGAACCUGUUGCGCCAAUAAAGGCCGCUUCUUUAGAAACCCCAAAACCUGCUACUAACACCGCUGAGAAGGCCGCCGCCGUGGAGGUACCAGAGAUUGCUGAAAAGGCAACUGAAGUACAAACAGAGAGCGCUCCUGAGAAGGAUGACUGUCCUGCUGCAGCAAAGACUGUAUCAGCGCCGGAGGUAAUCGAGGACGAAGAUAUGACGGGGUCGACGGCGACGCUGAAAGCUAAGGAGGAAGAACAUGUAGAGUAGAAAUCACGUAACUUGAUUUGACAUAGGGAGCAGACUGUUCAAUUAUAAAAGUUGUUUUUUUUCUCUCUUUCUUUUUUGAGUUAGGCUCUUCUUCUUUUUUUAGUUCAACUAGUUUUUUGUAACUUAUUUGAAAUCUAGAUUUUCUGUUUAUUGUAAUUGCUGUGAUGUGAGGAUUUUUCGUGAGAUGGAAGUUCUGAUGUAUUGGUACUGAGUAGAUUGAAUUUGUUUUUUUGCCUUCACUGUCACCUUGAUCUGGCGCUCUGAUGACUGACGUCCAACUGCCGCCCCCGAGUCCUAAAAAGGGGUUACCCCGCGUCUCGCUUCUGGGUGAAGCCCGGGAUCCUGUAGGGCUGAGCGCGUCAUAGGACGAGGCUUAACCUCUACCUCCCAUCCUCCCCAUCAAACUCAACAGCCAACUCCAAACCGCAACGCCAAACGGCAACCAUGGCAUCUGUAAAAGAUGUACAAGACCUCCUCCACCUGUUUACAACCGGCCGCAAUAAAAUCCCCAUGAUGGCCGCCAUGGGACGCGUCAAAGCUCUCCAAGCCGCUGGUCUCGGGACGUGAGAGCUCCCCAUCAACAAACUCGGAUAGCUAGCUAAUUGAAUGCAGGAUUGCGGAUAUCGUGUCCUCGAACCUGGCGGAUAUCACGACGGCUAUUUCAGAUGAGAAGGCGGCGAAGUCUCUCCUUGCCGCUUGUAAAUCCGCGGUCAAGAAUCCAGAUUCGGUAGGCUUACGCACUAAACGGUCUGCUACCGAUACAUUAGACUCCUCAACGAAGAGAGUGAAGAGCCAGUUUUCUCUCCAAGAGGUACCGAAGUCGCCAAGGGAGUUUGAGAAGUCCUUAGCUCUUCCGGUUCCUGAAGCAGAUGAGGAGGCGAUUGAACGCUGUAGGGUGUAUACGAAUCGGGCCCCCCUGGUUCUGGCGUUUGCGGUGCAGUUGUUGGGGUUUACUAUGCCGGAGCAGCCGCUUAGUGCGAGGUUGAGUCUUGCGCAGGCGGUGGUUAGUGGGAAUAGUCGCGGGAAGGCGGUUAGUCUUGGGUUGAAGAGGGAGGAGGAAGGGCAGGGGUGGGGGAGUGGACAGCCGGGAGUGAGGGUUUUGGGGAGGGAGGUUAAGGUGUUGAAGAGGAGUGGGUAUGUGCGGCAGGAGGAUGAGGGGGAGGGGGAGGGAGAGGUGAAAGAAGAGGAGGAGGUGGGAGAAUCAAAGAUUUCGAGCGGGGAUACAGAUGCUGGUGGAGAAAAUGAGACAACUUCAGCGUCAACGAUAAAAAAUGAACCAGAUUUACAACCCUCAAACUCGGGAUGGACAGUCUCCAGUCCAAUUACAUCCAAGAAAUCAACCUUCAUCGCCCGCUCCAUCCCAGUAACAUCAACCCAAGCAGCCACCCAAUCCCUCACAACCCUCCUCUCAAACCCCUCCGUCUCCUCAGCCUCCCACAACAUCUCAGCCUACCGCAUCAUCACCUCCAACGGUUCCAUCCUCGAAUCCUGCUCCGACGACGGCGAAACAUGCGGAGGAAACCAUCUCCUAUCCAUCCUCAAUUCUUCGAAUCUAACUAACGUCCUCCUCGUGGUAUCCCGCUGGUAUGGCGGGAUCAUGCUGGGUACCGACCGUUGGAGGAUCAUGACGGACGUCUCCCGUGAUGCUCUCUCCCAGCGUCUGCGCGUCUCUGGUGUUUUGGGGAAAGAUGCACUUUGGGGUCUUGAUCUAGAGGGGAUGGGGAAAUCUACUGGUGGAGAGUUACCCGUCCAUCGACCAGAGGGCGCGCGGUCGUAUCUUCUGAAGAGUUUCCUUACGCCGCCUGAUGAUGUAUCCGAACAAGGAAAACAAAAGAAGAAGAAGAAAACUGCAAGUCAGGUGCAAGAAGAGAAUGAGAGGAAUCUGGGGAUGCUGCUUGGUGCGUUGGAUAUGCUGUUUAGGAGUUGGAGUCCUUAUAUUGGGAAGGAGGAGUUGGAUCGCAGGGCUUGGGGGUGGUAUGUUGCUGUGAGGCCGGAUGUUCAGGAUGGGGUUGCGGGCUGGGGCGGCAAGGGGGUUGUGAGGUUGGGGGAUAUUUUGGGGUUGAGGAGGAAGGGAGGGGUUUUCUGA